AUGUUGGUUGGCAUCGAGACUCUGGAGGUCACCCUCAACACAUGUUUGAUGACGAGGCAGCCGCUGGCGGCAUGGGAUCUGCUUGCGGCUAUUUUGCAGAGAGGUUCGCGGGAGCUGAAUCUUGAUGCUGCAGAUCUGGCGACGUCACUUUGUCAUUGUGACUGGCAGGAUGCGCUCAUGUACCUGGAGCCUGUCUGCAACAAGCGAUGGGUUGUGGAGUCCCUGCUACCUGCUUUGGCGGAGAGUCGGGCGCCUGGCGCUGGGAACAUGACCGCAGCCAUCCGCCACAUGGGAGCGACUCGCCGGUUUGUAUACGACGGGCGCACUGUCUACGAGUGGGAGCAGAACAUAGAUGAAUGCCACGUCUACAUCCAGCCCCCACCUGGCGUCACCAAGCAUCAUCUGGACAUCAAGAUUGAGCCGAGGCACCUGCGUGUCGGCAUCAAGGGCAACCCGCCUUUCUUGAACGAGGAGCCCUUUAGUUUGGUUGAAACCGACAGCUCGUUUUGGAUGAUUGAGGACGGGGAACUACACAUCCAGAUGCAGAAAGCCCACAAGGGCGAGACAUGGGCGGCGGCGCUCAAAGGUCAUGGGCAGUUGGACAUGUUCUCCGAGCAGGAGAUAAACAAGAAGCUGAUGCUUGAACGAUUCCAGGAGGAGCAUCCGGGCUUUGACUUUUCAGGGGCUUCCUUCAGUGGCCAAGCCCCGAGUGCCCGCCACCAAGUCACAGCGGCGAAGAUUGCAGCAGUUCUCUCGGGUCCUUCGUCUCCUAGCGAUGCAGUUUCUUGCCUUUUUCCUGUGUCAAACGGUGACCACGCGAAACGGCUGGGCCUUCAUCUUUCAGUCUUUCUGAAUCAAGUUCAGCUUGCUUGUUAA